CUCUUCCUUCCCUCCCUCCCCCCCUCCCCAUAGCUUGCCUGCUCACUCAAGUAAGCUCAUCGAUCGUCCAUCGUUGCCAUUGCAGCUAGCAGCAAUGGCGCCACCAUUUGCGCCGGCGGGGUCGUGGAGUACACUUCUCUCCGCCCUCCUCUGCAUCCUCCUCUGUUCAGAUGUUUGCGUGCGGCAAUGCGGCGCGGCAAUCGGGAUCAACUACGGGCAGGUGGGGAACAACCUUCCAACCCCGACGCAGGUGGUGUCGCUGCUGUCCUCGCUGCGCGUGGGCAAGGUCCGGAUCUACGACGUGAACCCGCAGGUGCUAUCAGCCUUCAGCGGGACGGGCAUCGAGCUCAUCGUGACAGUGCCCAACGACCUGGUGCAGCCCAUGGCCGCCAGCACGGGGCAAGCCCUGCAGUGGGUGACGGCCAACAUCAAGCCUUACUUCCCCGCGACGCGGUUCACGGGCGUGGCCGUGGGGAACGAGGUGUUCACGGACGACGACGAGGCGCUCAAGGCCAGCCUCGUGCCCGCCAUGCGCAACCUCCACGCGGCGCUGGCGCAGCUCGGCAUGGACGGCUACGUGCACGUCUCCACGGCCAGUUCCCUCGGCGUGCUCGCCACUUCGUAUCCGCCUUCGCAGGGCGCGUUUACGCAGGAGUGCGCGCAGCUGAUGCUCCCUUUCCUCCGCUUCCUCGCCGAGACCAACGCCCCCUUCUGGAUCAACGCCUACCCCUACUUCGCCUACAAGGCCGACCCCACAAAGGUGUCGCUGGACUACGCGCUGUCGAACCCGUACCACGUCGGGGCGGUGGACCCGUACACGCGGCUGCAGUACACGAGCAUGCUGUACGCGCAGGUGGACGCGGUGAGCUUCGCGGCGGCGCGGCUGGGCUACGGCGGGAUCCCGGUGUUCGUGUCGGAGACCGGGUGGCCGUCCAAGGGCGACGCGGACGAGGUGGGCGCCACCGUGGAGAACGCGCUCGCGUACAACCGGAACCUGCUGGUGCGGCAGACGGGGAACGAGGGUACCCCGCUGCGCCCGCGGCAGCGGCUCGAGGUCUAUCUCUUCGCGCUCUUCAACGAGAACAUGAAGCCCGGCCCGACAUCCGAGAGGAACUACGGGCUCUACCAGCCCGACGGCAGGAUGGUCUACAACGUCGGCUUCGCGCAGCAGCAGCGAACCUCCGCCGCCUCCCUCUCCCUCGCCGCCUCCUCCGCGCCACCCGCCACCACGACGAAUGUUAGGAAUGACUUCACCAGGCUGUGUCUCUUCUCAUCCCUGGCCAUCCUGCUCACCUCACAGGCUUUCUUACUGGGAUGACACAAAAGCACCCAGCAUUGGCCAGAUGCAUGCAAGCUCAACAGUGCAAGCAAAAUGGCUUUGACUUUUGUGGACCAAAAGCCUCCAAGACCAAAGGGGACAGAUGAUGCACCAUUUGAAGGAGGCAAAGAGAAAGCAGGUGUAGGCCAGAGGAAAAGGUCCUCUUUGCGACGUGGAAGGCACUACCUACCCCUUGGCCUUGUGUACGACACAGCGUGUAAAUAUGCGAGGGAAAAGUCCAUUUUGCGACACACAUGGGAUCGACUCCGGGAGGCGAUAUGUGGAGAAGACGGAGAGAAAGGGUGUUGCCGGAUGUUGCUUUUCGGCGGUGCGGCUUUAGUAUUCCUUGCCAUGUCAAAAUGUGGUGGUGUUAGGCUUAUGUACAUAUGAUUUACUCUAUUUUAUUCGUUUAUUUAUUUGUUGCAAAGAUCAGGCUCCUUGCAUCCAUGUAAAUAACCGGGACAUAUUAUGAGUGUAUAUAUAUGAUUCUCAUUGCAAUUAUUCUGCUUCUUUU